AGACGUCCGUGGCUAGAUAGCCAAACAUGUAACGUUAGCCGUGUUAGCUUGACGCUGCUGGGAGAGAGCUAGCUAGCCUUCACAGCAACACCCCGGACAGCUCAGCUGGCACCGCUCAACGAGUACUGUGGAUAAUAACUGAUGAAGGACUUGUCUUCUGCUGAGAGGAAUUAACACGACCAGGACCUGGCAACAUCCCAUUCACCGUGUUUGGACCCAGAACAACUGUAAUACAUAAAACCUCCUCUCACAGGUGGAGCAUCCUGACCAACCAUCAGACUGGAUACCCUUUUUUUUUUUUGGUGACGCAAGAUGACCUGUUGAAGUUGUGUUUCGUCCAUAUAUGCAAAGCGAUCAAACUCAGCUAUCGAGGAGGCCACUGAUCAGCACCGGGUCCUGUUUUCGAGUUCGCAGAAGGAUGCUUCAAACCUGACACAUCUCAAUAGCCCUAGGAAUCUCCAUCUUUUACACACAUAAAAAGCCACAGUUUGUCACAUUUUUGUUGAUGUAAUUUUUUAGGACGUUGCUCUGUAGAGGCUGUAUCCUCCAAGGGAUUGUUGUGGGAGUAUGUUAACCAAGCCUCAGUGCUCUCCUCUGGGGUAGGAAGCGGAGGGAAGGCCCUGGAAGUCCCUGGAAAAAAAGAGGGCAAAACAGAAAACGGCCCGAAGCUGGAACGCUGACGGUUACAUAAGUAACAGGCGUGGUCGUCCGCUAACACAGUGGAACAAGGAGACCGGCGUGGAGUUUUUCUACGCCGCCAUUGCUGGCUGAUAUAUGAGAUAACACCAUUAUCUAUUCACCCAUAAUCCCCCGAGCGCUCCUCCAAGCCAACACUGUUUAGCUUUUUCUUAAAAAAAUUUAAUUUACAUGGAUACUAAUGGAUGUUUUGGAAAGAACCACACCUCCACUUCCUGCUUCCUGUCUUCCGAACACAUCCCUGGUGCAGCUGGCAGGUGAGCUGGUGUGAAUCAGCCACCGGCGGGGUUUAGGGAUGCCCCGACACAGGAAAACCAGGCUACUCCACUGGCCCGUUAACAGACUGCUGUUUCUAAUACGAGUCCUGGACUGAAGGCAAAUUGUCUCCUUCUCUAGCAGAGAGCAAGGGGGUUGUCACUUUUUAAUCAUACGACAUUUUCUCAUAUUGCUACAGCUGCCCAGACCGCUGAUAUCUGGGUGCUAAAAAAAACAACUUUGAAUUGAAGUGAAAGGAAAUCUCCAUACACAUUUUGCUGGCACAAACAAGCCCGUUUCCCAUUUGUAGGUCUCGACCUGCACUUUUUUCUAAGCUGAGGAAAGUUAUCAUCCCGGCCUUUUUUUUUUUUUUUCCUUUCAAGCUUUUCACUCCCAUUUUCUCUUUCUUUCUGCCUCAUUUCAUUUCUUGCUGUUUUUGUUUUGUCCAGGUCCAUCUCUUACCAAUACAGGCCUACCUCUGCCAACUCUUUUACCUCACUAAACUCCCAUUUACAGACCAAUCAAAUCAAACCGGUUCACAUCAGGUUCAUCAGUUCAGCUGAGGUUUUUUCUGUCCGUCAGGAUGUGAUUUUGGACUUCCGCAGCACCAAAUCACUUAACAGCUAUUAAGAAUUAUUAUGUUUUAAUGGAAGGGGUCCAAAAUUUUCUUUUAUAUCUCAAUAACAGCCAUGUUUUUUUAUUGCUCUAUUGUCAUGUUUUUCACCAAGCCUUUAUUCAACAAGCAGAUGUCCUCUUUUUAGACUGAUUUUACUCCAACAGACCUGUAAGAAUAAUCAGUUUCUAUUGGCUUGUAUUUGUAAUUAAUUGACAUAUUGGGUGGAACAGACUCAAACUAGUGUUGUGUAAUUACCUGCAACUGUGUUAAGAGAUAGCUGUCAAAACACCUUCUCCUUUUUACAAUCAGUGGUUUUACUUGUUCAUUCCGCCUUCCCACCUGUUUUCUGGCUGACGGCAAAACAAGGCUUUUACAGCAAAGAGACUUGUAAGCUUCUUUUAAUCUCUCUCACACACACACACACAGUAGAUCAGGGUUGACCUUAGAAAACAAGCAAACGCUCCUCCUCCCAUCUCAGGGUGGUGAAGCCGAGGAGUGUUUUCCUCUUGUCCAUGCGAAAGAGGAAGCCCUCCUCAAUUAUCCCUCCAUCUCUUUUUCUAUCUGUCAUUUACAUUUUUUUUAUUUUUUUGCCAUCCAUCAUUUCUGCCCCCACCCAAACUACAAAUACACUCACACACUCAAUACACCACACGUAAAGGAACACUUUAACUCUGAAUGCUAGCAGUUGCUGAACAGACACGCACACCACUACGCAAAGGAAGUGAUGCCAGGUGUCAGCAGUAGUAAGAGCGGAGGGCGGGGUCCGUCCUCGUCACCCCUCCCCCAUGGCACAGUCCCGCCCAGCAGACCCCUGAGACCCUCCCGCUACGUCCCGGUGUCGGCAGCCACCUUCUUCCUCGUCGGCUCCACCACGCUCUUCUUCUGCUUCACGUGUCCGUGGCUUUCAGAGCGUUUCUCGGUAGCCGUGCCCAUCUACAAUGGAGUCAUCUUCCUGUUUGUUUUGGCUAACUUCUGCAUGGCCACGUUCAUGGACCCUGGCAUCUUCCCGAGAGCUGAGGAGGACGAGGACAAGGAGGAUGAUUUUCGUGCUCCCCUCUACAAGACCGUGGAGAUCAGAGGGAUCCAGGUCAGGAUGAAGUGGUGUUCAACCUGUCGCUUCUACAGGCCGCCACGGUGCUCCCACUGCUCCGUCUGUGACAACUGUGUCGAGGACUUUGACCACCACUGUCCUUGGGUAAACAACUGCAUCGGCAGGAGGAACUACCGCUACUUCUUCCUCUUCCUCAUGUCUCUGACGGCUCACAUCAUGGCCGUGUUUGGCUUCGGCCUGCUCUUUAUCCUCUACCAUCGCCAAAACAUCGACCGCCUGCACGCCAUCGUCACGCUGGCUGUAAUGUGUGUUGCAGGCCUGUUCUUCAUCCCUGUUGCUGGCCUCACUGGUUUCCACAUAGUGCUUGUGGCCAGAGGCAGGACAACCAACGAACAGGUAACAGGGAAGUUCAGAGGAGGUGUUAACCCUUUCACCAAUGGCUGUCGGAAGAAUGUCUCUCAUGUCCUCUGCAGCUCACAGGCACCCAGGUAUCUGGGCAGAAAGAAGUGUGUGCAGAGCGUGUGUGUGCAGCCUCCCUUUCUGCGGCCACAGCUGACAGAGGCCCAGCUGGCUGCAAAGAUCUUGGACAACGGCAUACAGGGAGACCUGCACCGGUCCAAGUCCAGUCUGGAGAUGAUGGAGAGCCAGUCGUGUGACGCUGAGCCUCCUCCUCCUCCUAAACCAGAGCUCCGCUAUCCUGGAAUCACCAGAGGAAACACUGAGGAUUGCAGUCUACUGAACAAAGCCCCUCCCACCCCCACCAUGUACAAAUACAGGCCCACCUACAGCCCCGGCAAGAACCACACAGCGCUCACGCACGCUUACGCCAACCAGUUAAGUCGAGGGGAGAGUGUUGGCAGUGCCAGGGACUCCUCCUCCUCCACCUCCUCCCUCCUUCAGGCUAGCCAGCAGCCCGGUUUCCGCUCCCAGCCGAGCCUGGACCGGAGGGACACUUCGUCCGACAGAGUGGGAGUGGGAGGAGGUGGGGAGAGGAGAGAGGGGAGAAGAGAGGCGGGGGGAGGAGGAGGAGGAGGCAUCCCCGGCUACUCCCUCGGCGGACGCUCGUACCCCUCCUUCUCUGACCCGACGGUCCUCUCGGGAGUGGCAUCGCGAUCUUCCAGCUCCACGCACACCUCAGCGGGCGCCGUCCACGUCUCCGAGGCAACCACCGCCUCGGCCAGCUUCAAGAGCUUAGCCAAUCAGACGCCCCCGCCUCACCACCCGUCCCGCAACGGGAGCCUGUCGUAUGACAGCCUACUGGCAGGUGGUGAGGAUUUCGACAAAGGGGUGGCGGCGGGUUCAGCAGCCCCUGAGGUCUCCUCCGGGAGACCCUGCACACCAGCGGCAGGUGGCUACAGCUCCCCCUUCCUGUCAUCACAACAGAGAGAUGCUGAGAUGCACUCCCAGACCGCCCAGUCACCCCGUCACUACCACCGCACCUCCCACCACCACCACCACUCCUACCUCCAUCGCUCCUCCUCCUCCACCACGUCCUCCUCCCCACCGCCUCCUCCAGAGAGAGAGCGCCUGCUGGCCGAGCCCCACCCCGGCGCUCACCCCGCGCCCGCCAAUCAGGCCCCGGCUCCCCCCUCCUCUUCUGCCCCGCCUCCCCCGCACCAGCACCACGCACAUCAUCACCACCAUCACCACCACCACGCACAACAUCAUCACCACCACCACUCCUCCGCCUCUUCCUCUACCUCCCGCCCUCCCCGCUUCGCCGCCCCUCACGCACCACCACACCACGCUUACCCCUACCGCACUCGCUCCACCGACACACCUCUGGGACCCUCCUCCACCUCCACCACCCACCCUCCCCGCUCCCCGCACCCACCGCCUCUGGGCAAGUCGCUCUCUUACUCGAGUGCCGCCGCCGCCGAAAUGCAGUACCGGCUGGUCCGAAAGGCUUCUGCGUCAGCCGGCGCGAACGCGGCGGGGGUGGGAGGAGGAGGAAGUGGAGGGAUGGGAGGAGGAGGAAUACAAGCGCCGAAGGAUGAGCUGAUCCAGAUGAAACCUCUGUGUCGGACCAACGGCAGCCACCCCUUCUCCUCCGCCUCCUCCUGCUCCGCCCCUUCCUCCCCCUCUCACCCAGUCGGCGUGUCCGCCCGCCACGGAGUGGCUUAUCCCAGCUCGGCAUUGACGCAGAGUCCCGCCCACAAGCCUCAGGGUGGCGGGGUGAAGAAGGUGACGGGCGUCGGAGGCACCACCUACGAGAUUUCUGUCUGAGUGGCGACAGGCCUCCCUGCUCGAGGACCAACGAGAAGAAGAGGAGGUGCUGCUGUCUCCUGCCUUUUGAGGGAGAGAUUUAAUACAACAAAACCACUGACCGACUGUAGACCUGAACAUCUGAGGAUGAGUUGAACCAUUUUGUCCAGAUGUCGCUCCUCGUUGGCUGGUUGAUUGUGGAGCUAAACUUUGCUGGACUGUCCUGCCUCCAGACAUCCACCACAAUAACUGAGAGUAAGACCUGGACUUGAUGUAAGCCAGGACUUGCUGGCAUUGAGCUAUAAAAGACCAUUUUUUUGGGGGUCUCACAGGACCAAACAAGAACCAUGAUUUGGCGAAUUUUUGUGGGUUUUAUCCUGACUGUAGCUCAGUAGGUAGCAUGAGGCCACCAGCUUGGUCAGGUCUGGAUGUUCCAUUACACAAGUAGGCUAUAGCAGCGCAAGGCAUUACCACUGCCAGGGUGAGGAGUUUGAUCCCCACCAGUGAGCUCUGGACUGAGGUUUGAUGACUGUAAGUUUACGAAGGUUCGAAUCAGCACUUUUGGACUGAAGCUGCGUUUAGGUCAAAAUUGGUGCAGAUGUUUAAUAUUUUAACAUUUUCACGCUCACAUUUGGAACAUCAUUGAACACAAAAACCCCAUGAUGAUGAUAGUAAUAACAAAACACAUUCAUGCACAGUCUGUGGAACCCGAUCAAAAUCAAAGUAGGAUCCAUUUAAAGUUAAGGGCUUGCCAUAGACAACCAGUUUAGUGUAAAACUACAUGUGUGAUCAGUCAUAUCGGAUGAAGUCAUAGCUAGUUGUUAAUACCAUAGACAUAUAUACACAUAGACGCCGCAUUGACUCCCGGAUCGUACGUCAAACGUGGGCGCCAUAUUGGACAGGGCAAGACUGACCUGUAACCCCAUACAAGUGAACGGAGGAGCUGCCGUUUUUCUGGAUAAAAAGCACUAUAACGUUUAAAUUUCUCAACCGAUUUCAACGAGUCGUUUUUAUAUUCAAACAUUUACGAUCUACGAGGCGAAACGUUAAGUUAACGUUGUAAUUUUUUUUUUUCUUUUCUCAAAGAUAAUGCCGAAAAACGUAAUACGUUAACGUCACUGCUUCCAGUUCAUGGAUCACCAGCCUGUCAUUCGAUAAGGUGGGAUUCAAUCAAUUAUGUAAUUAUUCAAAACUCCUUUAAGCGUUUUUCACAUAAUCAGCUGUUAACGUUACAUUUUUACAAAACGUUUGCUUCUGUAACAUCAGAUGAGAGCUAGCUAACGUUCGUUAAUGUUAGCUAAUCGAUAUGAGUUAAUGUUAGCUUAUUGAUGUUCAUAUCUAUCAUGAUAUCGUGUUUAAAACAUGAAAUGUACGAUACGUAUUAAAAACGAUAUAUGUCUAAUAAUGCAAACAAUAAAACUGAUGGCAUGUCUUGGUUAACAAUUACGCUAUUAGAUUAUUUAGUUUUUUAUAAUUGCUGUGUUAUCACUAUUAUUUCAAUAAAUUCAGAUCGUAACUAAUAUUAUUAUAUUAAUAUUUAUUGUUACCAUUAUUUAUUUAUGUACUACUAUUUGCCUGUUAUUCUGAUUGCUCUUAUUAGUGAGUACAUAAUAGUAAUAACAGUAGCAAUGUUAGCGGUAGCCUAUAGACUGAAAGCAUGAUCGCUAAAACGGAGGAAGACGUUUCAUUGUACAUUAUAUUAUAUUAUAUGAUAUUAUAUUAUUAUACAGGGACCUCUCUACAAGUAUUAACCUUAAACAAGUAAAAUAAGCCAAAGCCAUACUUGACAAACGUGAGUUUUAAUAAUUCCUUAUGAUGAAUGAAUUAUUUUCUAUCACAUCAAUAAUUCAGUUCAUGUCAUUCUACAGCAUCUCCGUCUCUUGAGCGUCUAGCAGCGAUUAUAGCUGAACUAUCCAGAUUCUAAGUAACUGGAGACAAAAUUUAUUUUUCUACUCCUCGUAGAUCAUAAACCAUUUAAUAUAAUAAAGAUUCGUUGAAAUCGGUUGAGAAAUGUAGACUUCAUAGUGCUUUUUAUCCAGAAAAACGGCAGCUCCCCCGUUCACUUGUAUAGGGUUACAGGUCAGUCUUGCCUGGUCCAAUAUGGCGCCCACGUUGACGUAUCGCCGCAACGGGCCGAAGAGUCCAGUGCGGCGUCUGUGUAUAUGUUUAUGGUUAAUACAAGUUAUGGCCCCAGUUGUCAGUUAAACCCGACUUUUGAUAACAGCAAUCCACCAAAUGGAGCGAUUUCAUUGGACCAUGAACACAAGUGUUGUGUGUGUGUGUGUGUGAAGCACGGAGUCAGUAAUGGCAGAAUCCUCGUAAGCUGUCGUCCGUCUCCUCGAGGCCAUCGUCUCGUUCACAGCCUUCCAGUCAGUCGUGGAAAUGCACAACGGGAGCCGACAGGAGGGUCAAUAAUCAAGCGAUUAGUAGGAUCUAUUAUGGACUUGUGACAAUCUACCAGCGGCCGGAGGGAACGGUCACACACGAACUCUCUCCGAUCGACGUCGCCGCGUGAAUUUGACUUGCCUUUUUGAUGGAGGGAUGAAAAAUGUGACAUUUGAAGAAGAAAAAAAAAAAAAGAAGCUGAUUCCCUGUUUUCUUUGAGUCAUUUGUUGAUUUAUUCCUAGAUGUGAAUAUGAUUCCAUGUUUGUACAGGAUGAUGUGAUUCUAAGUGUGGAUUUUCUUUUUCUUUUCUUUUUUUUUAAGUGGCGUUCAUACCAGACUGCAGCAUGCACUACUAUUACUACUAGCCACUAUAGGCCACUGUGUUUGGCUGUGGACCAAGUGGUCUGUUUGAACAAAGAGAACGUGUGGAAACUAAAGUGAACAAGGAACUCAUGUUUUAGCCUUUUGUUGUCGAUGGGCCGGUCUCUCUAGAAAAAUUCAUUCCUCGAGCAAUUGCCUUGAAAAAUUAAAGUGUUUUUUAUGUCACCUAU